UUAAGUAUAGGUCCUUACACAUACAGCUAUAAGAAUCUAUCGGAUUUUUUAAGCAGGGUGGAGUUUUAUUUUUUUCUGUGCUUACAUCUCUUUCUUUUUUGAGUUACGUAGUGCGCAUUUUCCGACAAGACACCAUUAAAAUUAUCGAGCCAUAACAAUAACAUAGAGACCAAAUAAUAACGCACUCAUUGAUUUGGGUAAAAAUUUGAAUUUUUUUAAUUGUAUUCCAAGUAUUUGAUGCAAUGGAAAAUCUUCAAAUUCAUCCUAGGAUACAAGGACGAAAAAUCAUGUAUGAGUGGAAAAUAGAUCAGUUUUUUUCAAAAAUACAAUUUUCUAGAGACUACAAUACAGACUACAGUGCAAUCCAAUCACAAGUUUUUUCAUCUAAUAAUGGAUCUGGUUUAAGUUCAUGGUAUUUAAAAAUAGACCUUAAUAAUAAGCAGACGUCCUUCGAAUCGUUAUCAAUAAAUUUAGUAUAUUUGGGUGGUGGUCAUCAAAAGUUAAGAGCAAAAUUUUUGAUAUGUAUUAUUGAUAAUGAAAAAAAUCAACAGUUUCAACAAAAGGGAGCUAAAAUUUUUAAAAACGGUGAAAAGAUUAGAAUUCCAAUGUUUGUUCUUAUCAGUGAACUAUUGAACGAUAGAAAUAAAUUAGUACCUAAUGAUACAUUAACGGUAUCCCUCAAACUUACUGAAUUUAUUGUACAUUCUGACGCUAAUCAACCCUUCACUCAACUUCGAUUACAAAAAUCGAAACAAAUUGUCGGCGAUUCGGCAGCUCUUUUUCAUAGUAAAGAAGGCAGUGAUAUUAUUCUAGUUGUUGGUGAUAAGAAAAUUCCAGCUCACAAAAGCUUACUAAUGAAUCGAAAUAAUGUAUUCCGUGCAAUGUUGAUACGUCACCAGAAAAACAACGGAAAUGAUGUAGUAAAUAUCCCUGAUAUGAAUCCUGAUAUCCUUGAAAAACUAUUAGAAUUCAUUUAUACGGACAAUGUGACUAAUCUUGAUGAAGUUGCUGAACGUUUAUUUGGAGCAGCAGAUAAAUAUCAGAUACCAGCUCUUAAAAAGUUAUGUGAAGAAUCGCUUUGUAAAAACAUAACUGUUGAAAAUGCCGUUCAAUAUCUUGUUUUACUUGACCGUCAUAAUGCUGACGAAUUUUUUUUGAAUUAUAUAGUAGAUUUCAUUGUUAUCAAUUCAAAGAUAAUUACCCAAACUGAAGAAUAUAAAGCAUUGCUCAACACUAAUCCAACGUUAUUGGUAACUGUAUUGACAAAAAUUUGCAAUAACAAUUAAAAAAAUCAAAUCAACAUCUUGGUAAUUUAAUACCAAAACAGAAACUGGGCACUUUUUAAUCCCUUAUCAGUUAUAAUCAAUAAUUUUGAUCUUAAUUUAAAUCUUAUCUUACUUUUUUAUAAUUACUCUCAUUUUAAUAAUAUUAUUGUCAACGAUUAUAUCAAUUAUACUUAUGAAUUAAUUACCACUUGCUAG